GUGACUGCCCUUAUUUGGUAUCAACCCAGGUCAUGUGACCACAAAAUGGUGGAAGCUGUGAGCUGUUUGUAAGCUCAGCAUCUCCAUCGAGCGUCUGGAAGCAGGAAACGGGCAGCACAUCCAUGCUCUGAGACGCGGGAGGACAGAACUUCCUGAGCCCCGACCGCGGUCCUCCAGGGGAUGGACCUGGAUUCAGAGACUAUAAUGAACUCAGAGGAUGGGGACAACAGACCAGUGCCUCCUUCAUCUUUAUCCCUUCAAGGAGCUUCCAGUCAGAGGAAGAAGCUCUCUGCUCCUCGAAUCAGUUUGUCUCUGGACCAAAGCGAGGAUGACUUGGGGGAGACACCAGACGAUCUGGACAUCAAUGUAGAUGACCUCGACACUCCAGAUGAGGGAGACUACCUCGACUACACAGACCACGAGCUGGACUGGGAAGAGCCCAGCGCGGCUAACAGAAGCGGGUCGAAUGAGUCCUACAACACAAUCCCGACGUACAGCGCAGAGGAAGAGCGGCAGGACGCCAGGCUAUGGAGGAGCGUCGUCAUUGGAGAGCAGGAACAUCGCAUCAACAUGAAGAUCAUUGAGCCGUACAUGAGAGUCAUCUCCCAUGGAGGCUACUAUGGCAACGGAGUGAAUGCCAUUAUAGUGUUUGCCGCCUGUUUCCUGCCCGACAGUGACCGAGAGGACUACCAUGAAAUAAUGGAAAACCUCUUCCUCUAUGUGAUCAGCACGCUGGAGCUGAUGGUGGCAGAGGACUACAUGAUUGUGUACCUGAAUGGAGCCACACCUCACAGAAGGAUGCCCGGCCUUGGCUGGCUGAAGAAGUGCUAUCAGAUGAUUGACAGAAGGCUCAGGAAGAACUUGAAAUCCUUUAUCAUUCUGCAUCCAUCAUGGUUUAUCAGGACUGUUUUAGCCAUUACAAAGCCAUUCAUCAGUGCCAAGUUCAGCAGUAAGAUUAAAUAUGUGAACAGUUUGGAUGAACUGCAGCAGCUCAUCCCCAUGGAUUGUGUCCAGAUCCCUGAAUGCAUCAUUAAAGUCGACAAGGAGCUGAAGGAAGCGGCGGAGAACUCCAAGAUGAACAGUUUUCUGCAGGGGAGCGAGCCGGCAGCAGCCAGCCGGACAGACAGACAAGAUGAAGCUGGAGCCAGCCGUUCAUAAAAGAAAAAAAACAAAAACAAAACACCCCCGGAUGGAUGGGACACCUCCACACUUGAACGUCUCGACUGUAACGAAUGGUCAAACCGAAAGUUUGGGGUUGAAUGUGAACACAUCUCACUCCUGCUGAGGAUUAUAUAGUCAGGCGAGAUGCCUGCCAGCAUCCGCAGAGCAGCAUCAUUGUUCACUUUAGGGUAGAAAAUGCAAUUACUCACCAAACAGUGCACCGCACAAAUCCAUUUGUUCAUGAGAAAGUGCAUGAGAAACAGUCAUUUCACCCCUUUACUGUUUGGUUUUAUAGAACCGUAUGUGUCAGCAGUUUAUAUACAAAGUGUUGACUUAAAUCAUCUUCCCCUUAAACUGCGACAUAAAUCUACAAAGAGGUUAUUUACAUUUAUAUCAAGAGUUAAAUGCUAGUGCAGUGUGACAGCAUUUAUGUAUUUAUUUUUUUGGCCUUGACAUGAGGGCGUGUGAGAUUUUUGUUUUUUAUUCUCUGACAAAACUCUGUUUCCGUAGGAUCACCAGGAAGAAACAUCAGAUAAUGAUGGGAUCUUAAAGCACAACAUCCGUCUGUGUGUAACCGUGCAUGUGCGUGUGUGUGUCCCUUCAUCACAUCACUGGUGGUCCUCUUAGCCAAGUGUCUUAUAUGGAUGGAGAAGCAAAAAUAGAGAUAAGGAUUAUUGUCUAAUUGUUCAAUAAAAUGAGCUAAAGCUGA